AUGGCAUUCAGGACACUCUCGGGGACUUGCAAGGUCGACAUUACUUUGAGAGCUGCAACAUCUCAGGAGCCUUUGAUUUCAUCUAUGGCCGAGGCCAGUCGGUUUAUGAGACCAAAGCCUCCGAUUUUGGCCUGGUCGGUUAUGUCACAGCGCAAGGCCAAGAAGGAGCUAACGGCCCCGAGCGCGUUCGUGUUCAAAUCCUGCCGAGUGACAGGAGAAGGCCGCACGUAUCUCGGGAGAGCAUGGCGGAAGCACUCGAGAGUCCUAUUCUACAAUACGUCCAUGACCGAGGUCAUCGUGCCCGAGGGCUGGUCCUCCUGGAGCUUCCAAGGCCAUGAGGAACAUAUCACUUAUGCCGAAGUCGGAUGCACGGGAAAGGGCGCAAACAAAUCCAGGGGCGAGAAAAGGAUGAAAGACCUGCCGCCUCAAGAACUGGAGUACUUUCUCUCAAAUCGCUUCAUGAACCAGGAACACUGGAUCAAGGCUCAGCCUUAUUGA